UCUGAGGCAGAUUUGACUCUGAUGUCAGUCUUUGCUGUGUCUUUCUCCGGUCUUGUAUCACAUGAGGAUGACUAUGUACAAAGAGAAGUUCUAUGUGUUGACUCUUGUGUUGUGUCAACCGAUAUCUGUCUUUCCAUCAUGUGACAGAUUCUAUUUUCAACGCCAUGGAAUUUUGGACGGUCUGUUAUUUAAUGAAGCCUUUGUCUCUGAGAGCGUCGUAGAAGAACGGAUAUUGUGCGGAGAACGUUGCUACCGACACUCCCUUUGUAACAUGCUGCUGUACAACCCAACGUCCAAACGAUGCCGCCUGUACAAGUCGUUCGUCAACACAGGAGGAACAGAGGACACGGGCUGGCAGUACUAUGCAGCUGAAUGCAGCCAGGUUCGCUUGGAGAAUGCCUUGACGCUGUCAGUUGUAAACCAGACUGUGGACGUUGCCUGUCGAAGUGGGUUCACCUACCUGCUGUCUCCUCCAUUACCCUGCCCUCUUGGCACUGAAGUCCUUGACAUAGGAAAGUGUGCUCAGACACUUUGGACUGAUCAGGCGAAUCCAUUUUUUGCUGAUCUGCCUGGACCGUUAUCCACUGGGGCGGAGAUAAGAGUGAGAGGUUCUGGUGAUGGAGGGGAGCAAGUAAGUUUUCGAAAGUUAACUACAAGUCGUCAGAUCUGUAUCGGUGCUGUGGACUUUCAGUUAUAA